AUGGACAACGCCGCGACUCCGCCGACGCCACCGUCGGUGCAUGACCUGAGCAACCUGCCUCGACCGCUCAAAGACCUUGUUAAUGCUGCCGUCAACGCCGGCGACGACGACGCGCUUCUCGACAUCUGGGUGCACCUCUGCCGCGCCACUGCCUUCCUGGGCCCGUCGGCCCAGCGCUUCGACUUCCCCGUGGCGCAUACCCUGGCCACUGCAGCCCGCGCCGCCGAGGCGGUCGUGUGUAUCUCCGACUUCCCCCACGAACCCCAGGAUACUGCAAAGAAGCCACAGUAG